GAGAACAAAGAAAGCCCUGGAGGCGACAAGUAGAUAAUAAUAACAAAACAUCUCUCUCUACAGUGGAGGACAGGAAAGGUUCAGGACACAGGGAUAUGGCAGUGUCACAGACGGGCAACCGGCUAGUGGGCGUGAUGACCUUCAACGGUGACGGCGUGCAACGAGGCAGCACCUAUGCGGUCUACAGCGGCGACGCGGUGCGCCUGCUGGGAAGCUACACCCUGUGCCUGCGAUUCAACGUGUGGGUGUUCCGCCUUCUCACCGCCGUGCUCUACCUGCUGUCCACCGACGACCCCGACGAGGACCCCAUCUCCUUCGAGGUGUACUUCGAGAAGAUCCGCACCAAGUACGGCGGCUACGGCCGCUUCUACCCGCUGCCCGCCAACCUCGCCACCAACAAGUGGUACCACUACUGCCAGGUGCGGGACAUGGCGGGCGGGGAGGGCCGUGUGUACCUGAGCGGGGAGCUGCUGGUGCGGGAGAGCGUGUCCUUCUCACCUGACCCUAAACCCCGAAACGUGAUCAUGGGCCAGGAGGAGUUCAAGGCACCUUACUCCCUAAGCGGGAAGGUGAGUCAAGUCAACGCCUGGAGCCGCGUUCUUUCUGAUGACGAGAUCGCAAGGUUGGCGCGCUGCGAGGAUGACUUCGAGGGUGACGUCAUCGCGUGGUCGAGGGAGUGGCUUCUUCACGAGGUGGAUGGGGAGGAGGUACCACUACGGCGCCUGUGUGGAUCGGUGGUGGAUGGGAUAGUGACCGUGCCUCUGCGACUACUCCGGUUCCCCGACGCCGUGCACGUGUGUAGGGGGCUGGGAGGCGCCAUAGCCCUGCCCGCUGACAACUCACAGCUGCUGGAGGAAAUCAAGUACUUCCAGGGCGUAGAGGAGUGUGACCGUCAGUGGGCGGGGCUGACGGACGAGGAGGAGGAGGGCGUGUGGAGAGACCCAUUCACCGGCGCCGCCCACAACACGAGUGAAUUAUUCUUCCGGGACAACAACCCAGACGGAGACAAGUACCAAAACUGCCUUCGCCUGCACGUUAAGGGCCUCGAGGACACAAGCUGUGAGCAACACAGCUGCUCCGCCUGCCACACUCACGCCGGGAUCACGUGGACGCUGCGGGGGAUCUGUGAGGAGGAGCAGAGGAUGUACUACUUCGACCUUGUGCCGGAGCCGCUGGCCUUCCGCGGCUACGGGGAGUACGCCGUGAGCCAGGCGGGCGGCGGGUCGUGGACGUGGCUCAACACCGUCACCAACACCACGAUGGCCACGCUGCAGCACGAGACUGACUCAGCCUUCCCGAUCGGAAGACUAUCGUGGAUCACGGAGGAGGAGGUUUGCGGGGAUCCCCCGGGGCACCGGGUGCUGACACUCUCCCCCUGCACGCUAGACGAGUUUACCUGCACCAGCGGCUUCUGCAUCCCAUUUACUAGCCGCUGUGACCUCAAGUUCGACUGCGAGGACAAAACCGACGAGAGCUUCUGUGAUAUCAUCAAUUACCCGGCAGACUACAAGUCCUCGCUGCCGCCCAGGCCUGUUAGUGACCUCUCUCUACCGAUCUCCAUCAACGUCUCCAUGGACACCAUCAACAUCGACACCACCACAAUGCUGCUUUCCGUCAGCUACAACCUUCGCAUGACGUGGCACGACAACCGCCUCACCUACAAUAACCUGAAGCAACUCACCAGACUCAACACAAUAUCACAGGAACAAGUGGCUCUCCUGUGGCGGCCCACCGUCGGUUUCAUCAACACAAACGACAUCCAGCACACGGAGGUGGACGCGGACUCCGUCACCACCAUCGUGCGCCACCACAACCACUAUCGCCUCGACUUUUCUAAUCCGUACGAAGUGCGGAUCUUCCAAGGCGACACCAACCCCGUCUCCACCACCCGCAAGUACAGCACCGUCUUCACAUGCUUUUUUGACCUGGUCCUCUACCCCUUCGACAUCCAGAACUGCUACAUGCAUCUCCAGGUCCUCUCCGCCUCUUCAGAGUACCUCAUCUUCAACGCCUCAGACUCGUUCGUGGAGUACCUCGGGCCGCGGCUGCUGGUGGAAUAUGGCAUAGGCGCUAUAGACGUGCACGUGAACAACCACUCCCAGUACAGCGUGUCCAAGGUGCGGGUGGAGCUGGUACGGCGCUACGGGUACGCCAUGCUCAACAUCUACAUCCCUUCUCUUACCCUCCUUAUCAUCAGCUUCGUGACCCUCUUCUUUCGGCCCUCCAUCUUUGAGGUGCGUGUGAUGACGGCCCUCACCUCCCUCCUCGUGCUGGCCACCCUCUUCACGCAGGUCUCCACGUCGCUGCCGAAAACUUCCUACUUCAAGAUGGUCGACAUUUGGCUCCUUUUCUGCAUUAUCGUAAUUUUCUUUAUCAUCAUCUUUCAUACCAUCAUUGACCUCCAGGUGGACUACGGGGAACACAGCACGAAAAUGUCGGUGUCAUCCAAGCCGGCGUUCUUCCCAGGCGUCCAGGAGAUCAGGGUUCGUCCGUCCUCAGGCAGCGGCAAGCUUUUUCCAGAUGCAGCAGCCACAACGUCCCCGCGACCCUGGUGGCUCCCGGAAAUAAAAUUUGACCUGGAUUUCUACAUUAAAACUUCCAGAAUCACAAUGUCGAUCAUCUUCGUGCUGUUCAACGUGGCGUACUGGGGCACACUGGCCAUGGACUCUGGCCUCGUCUACUAUUUUUAUAACACACGUCUUGAGAACUAGGCACGUGCUUUCUUCUGUUCAUUCAUUUAUUUGGUUUUCAUUGAUUAGAAUUUCUCUGCUACUUAUUAAAUGAAGCACCAAGUAGUUAUUCCUCCUGCCUACGACGUAACCUUUUUCAAUAGGGGAGUAUCAACACACCUCCACCCGAGAGUGAUCUUUCAUUUGGCCACUCUACUUCUUUAUAGCAGCAGUGCAUAGUGGGCUUUUUUUGUUUUCAUUUGUUUUUACACUUGAGUUACUUCCUUUACUGUAAAUUUUUUUUUAUUAGUGUUCUGAAUACAAACAUUAGUAGUUCAAGGAGCAACAAAGAUCAAAUGUAAAACCAGUUGGGUAUCACAUCUAAUUCAGGGUACAUACACGAGUCAAAGUCAUGCUCAGUACUAUCAUGGCGGAAGACUUUGGUGAAUAUGUGUUAAGAGAAACAUUCAGUGUCAUACUCAGAUCAUGCAUUACAAAAAGAAAAAAAAAAUUACAAAGUUAUCUGCUUGUAAACUAGGUAAUAUUAAAGUCGUAAAUAUUUUUUUUCUCUCAAUAAAAUAAGCUUUCAGAGAGUAAUUUUCUUGAUUAUGUUACAUCUGUCAGCCUCCUCCACCGCCUUCAGCCUCAC